CUGAAACACGCCGCUGGCCAAUACCUCGGGUACAACUAUGUGGCGUUCGGGUUCAACCAGGGCCCGUACUGGCAUGAGGCUCGGAAGGUCAUCGUCCACCCCUACUCUCCCCACGGAGCCUCGAGAAGGUUGGAAAUAGAUGCGGCGGCAGAUGAGAAACUCCAAUCGAAGAAGGUAGGUUUGCGGAGGAGGAUAAUCCACUGUGUCGGAUCAGGGCGAGUCGGACUUCGCCGCCUUGAACAGGUGUCGACAGAGUAUUGGUCGAUCGCCAGAGGCGAGCACUCCGACGUUGUCGUCGAGGCACUACGAAGCGGAAGAGGCACUACGAAUAUUUGA